CCAGAAAGUGCGAGGGCGGUUGCGCAGGGAAGUGGGGAGGUGGUUGGCUGGAUGCUAUUCGGUUUACAUAACCCAAACAUUUACCGUGAUUUUUUGAAAAUACCUCACACUAUAUACCCUCAUAAUUGUUACCUCCAACGUUAUUGUUACUGUGUAGCCUGAGUCGGCUAAGGUUGCAUUGCUUUCUACCGGAGAGCUAGAAAAAGCAAAGUCGAGGUGCGCGGCUGCAGAAACACUCAUCUGCAUCUUCCACCGGACAGUCAGUCGACUGCGGUGCUGCUGUACGUGACUGAGGGAGCCCUGCCCUACUCUGCUGCACACCAGCAAUUCACUCACUGCAGACUGGAUUUGCAAACACUGUAGCCAGACUCAGAAUGAGCGCUGAGGAGAAUCCCGCUGCUGAACCUGCGCCUGUCAUCGACGUGCAGGGAGACGGACGCUGGAUGUCACAGCAUAACCGGUUUGUGCAGGAGUGCAAGGAUGCAGAGCCUGAUGUUCUGUUUGUGGGGGACUCAAUGGUGCAGCUAAUGCAGCAGCAUGAGGUGUGGAGGGAACUGUUUUCACCUCUCCAUGCUCUGAACUUUGGGGUUAGUGGAGACACAACCUGUAAUGUGCUGUGGAGACUACAGAAUGGAGAACUGGAUAACAUCAGACCCAAAGUGGUGGUUUUAUGGGUUGGGACAAAUAAUCAUGAGCACACUGCGGAUCAAGUUGCAGGAGGAAUAUUGGCCAUUGCACAGUUACUUCUGUCUCGUCUCCCCAAGGCCAAAAUUAUUGUUUUGGGCCUGUUGCCAAGGGGAGAGUUUCCUAACCCUCUGAGAGAGAAAAAUGCAGCAGUGAAUAAUCUACUUCGCGCAUCUCUUCCUCGACUCGGCCCUGUUCAGUUUAUUGAUGUGGGAGGUAAUUUUGUCCACUCAGAUGGGACUAUUUCUUCUCGAGACAUGUUCGACUUCCUGCAUCUGUCCGCCGGUGCAUACAGGACCAUGUCAACAACUCUUCAUGAGCUGCUGCUUCAACUGUUGGAGGAAACGCCCCAGGAGAGGCGAGCUUCACUGGUCUAGGAAGGGGCACCAUAUUAGUCAAUCACUGAAGAGGCAUGGUUAAGACAUGUUGGCUAUUCAAAAUGUACCUAAAAUACUUUAUUUAGCAAGACAAAGAAAAGUACAAAAAGAACAACUAACAAAAGUGGAUGUAGGACAGUUGUCAAUUUUAUAUAACCAGUAUAAAAUGUGUAUAUGUAUCUAAGAUGCAUAAUAGUCAACAGUAAGAGAAUGAAGACUAGAUGAGAAAUAUUUGUGACAAGAAAUAGUUUUUCUUUGGACAUGUUGCUUUGCGGUGGGAGCAGAGUCUCUUCAAAAUCCCAUUGUCAACCUUUAAUAGUAGCACUUUCUCUGCCAGCUUCUCUGUGCCUUCAUAUAUGCACUCAGUCACACUCACAGUGUUAUGAUGACAGCAAAAUGAUUCAGACACACAAGAGAAAUCAUGCCUUUGAAAGUAUGUCUUGCUCCCCAUUACAAGUUCUUUGGCACAGAGGCAUCUGAAACCUCAUCUUUCUCUUUUGCCCUUUCAUAUUCCCAAUAACACAAAUAUGAUAGAGGAAGUCUGGAGUGAAAACAAUCAAACCAUGUCAUACCUUGUGUGUGAGAGUUUGAGUUUGACAAAGCUCCUCUUCUUAAGCACCUAAUGCACGGCCAUGAGGUUUUCAGUGUUAAUAUUUAUCUCACUUGCAUCCGUUUUUGUGUAUGUGUCCAUGUGCUCAAUAAAGAAUUAUGUAAAGAGUUAAGUGUGAGAGAUAGUGGGCAAAAAGUGAUAUAUAAAGUUGUGUAUGUGUGUGUGUAUGUGCGUCUAUGUGUAUAUAACUAUAAUCUGUUAAUAUUAAUGCACAGUACUCUGUGAAAAGUGCUUACAUAGCUGGUGCUGGUGUAUGUGAAUGUUUUUGUGUUUGAGUGUAAGAGAUCAACCAUCUAUAACUAUUUGGCCCUCAAAGCGUGCACAAUUACUGCGGCACAACUGCCACUUGCUUCAGAUCCAAGCAUUCCAAUAAAUCAGCAGGGAUCGAACCUCA